UUUUUAAUCAAUAUAAUGUCCUUUUGACAGCUAGAGUUUGAGGUUGUUGGUAAUCUGAGAUGUUUGCUGGUGUUCUUUUUUUAUGCAAAUUUAGGAAAGCUCUUUUAUUUUACAGUUAAAAGUAAAGAUUGGUGCUCAAUCUCAUAUUCGGAUUUACUAAUAGCGUAGGAGAUUUUUUUAUAUUAAACAACAAUGGCGGUAGACACAUGUAAUGCAGUUGGAACCUAUGCUGAUUACAUUAAAAAAUAUGCAGAUAUCCUGAAAAAGAAGUGCUCUAAACUGACUGACUGUAUAGACCAACUACUGGCAGAGGAGAAUCAACUGACAAUCAUUAGAGGGGAGAAUCUAAGUCUCAAUAAAACAUGCGGCCUGGUGUACAGAACUAAGAAUGAGACAUACACAACUCUGACAGGAAAGUGCUCGGCCACUGAACGGGAAGAGAUUCGAGAAGACCUUGAAAACAAUUUGCGGAAUCAACUCGACAACACCAAAAACAAGACGUGGCAGGCCAUUAAUAAAUGUUUGAAAGAAUUAUAUGGGCACACUGGGAGAACAAACAGAGUUGAGGAAAUAUGUCUGCGUGCCAAAAUCAGAAAGGAAAUCUGUAAUUCUACCCAAAAUCAUCGGACAGUGGAAUCAUUCUUCAACAGUGAAAUACAGAGUCUGCAGUGCAAGUGUCAACUUUUAACACAGUCAGCUGGUCUAAAGACGCCAGUCAUUAUUGGGAUCGGUGUCGGAACUCUUGUACUUCUGCUUCUGAUCGUCUGCCUCGGCAUUUGGUGGUACAGAAGAAAACAGAAAUUAAAAAGAGCCCAAACUAACCGCAGUGUAGUCUAUGUACCGGGAAGUUCCGAUGGACAAGUUUACCAAGAAGUUUUGGAUGAUAAAUCAUUAAACAGAUAUGGACAGUCUCCUCAAGUCAAUCCUCCGUCUCUACCAUCCAGAUACAUACAACAUACGCCAGGAGCUCAGGACGACGGAGGUUAUUUGGAUCCAGUCAUGAUAGGAAUGAAGUACAGACCCAUGCCGCCCAUUCCUCAACAAAGUUCAAGCCCUGGAUACGAGAACCCACCCCGCUACAGCGAGUGUGACAAAGACGACGUGGACGAUGGCUAUUUCAAGCUCGUGGCAGAGCCCCUCAAAGACGUCGCCAACAGCAGCAAGCCAACGGUUGACUUUUCUGGCUUGGAGCAAGCUAAUGAUCCGGAUUCUAGCACCCAACUGGAGAACGCCCCCGUACCGUCAAGUGUUCUGUUGGGUCCCGUGCCAGCCAAGAGAACUAAAAAAGAAGAAAGAAAAGUGGAGUCUCACUAUUUCUUCCUUGAGGACGGGGCCCAAAAAGAUGGCAUGGAAACAACACAUUUGAGCGAAUAGUUAGAAUUAAUAUUGAAGCGAUUUAGAGAUAGACGCAUUUCAGUAGCCAACGCAAAAUAAGCAUAUGUAGUAUCUAAUUCUCUUUUUUUAAAUCAAAAUGAACCAAAAGAAGUGUGAAAAGAGUAUUAUCUUAUCUUAUCUGUUACAGACGUUACUUCAAAAACAAAAAAAAAAAAGAA